AGCUGAUAGUGUGUAUAUACCGUACAUAACUGACACCAUUCUUGAGUUUUUUUUUAAAAAAACAGAAAGACAGACACAGUUCUUAUUUCUUAAUGUCUGAUUAGGGUUUAAAUUCCUUUGAAUUCACAGGAAAUUAGAUUACUUAUUACGUCAGUCACUGACCAUCGAAGCUUCAUGUGUUGGCAUGUAGCUUAACAAAAACUUACCCUCAUCUUUUUUCUCAUUGUCCUUUCAUCCACUGGUCAAGUGCCAGAGAAUUAGAUUCUUUAUCAUUUCUCUUUUUAUAAUCUUCUAUAGUGCGAAUUUAUGGUUCAUAAAUUCUCAUACUUUAAAGCUGGAUCUUUAGAACCUCCUAUAGUGGGUUAAAAAAAACAAGGUCGGAAUUUUGCUCUGAAGGAGAAUUAUUUAUUGGAUUUGGUUGCAAAAAUGGAAGAUCAGGUGAUUAGUUCUAACAGUUUAGUUGGUGAACAAUUGAAUUUAGUUGUAGAAGAAGAGGAAGAGGAAUUUAGAAGCUGUUAUGGGGAGGAAAGUGAGUGGAAGGAAAGGGAUGAAGCUGUGAAGGAAGAAUCUUGUGAUGAAGAAUCAACAGUGAAGAUGUAUCUGAAGGGAAUUUCAAGAUGUGGGUUUGGUGAAUCUUGUUCUGGAUUUACUGGAAUUGGGGUUGUUGUUGAAGGUUCUAGAGAUUUUUCUGUUACUUGUGUUCAGAAGAAUCUUGAUUUUUAUGUUGAGGAUUCUAUUGCGGAUUAUUUGGCUUUGAUUGAUGGUCUGCUUGAGGUUCUAAAGACGAAUAUUCGGCGUAUUAUUGCUAUUAGUGAUUCUAAGAUUAUAUAUGAACAGGUCAUGCUUAAGGAGAGCCUUGAUAUCCCUCUCAUGGCAGCAUUGAGAGAGAGGGUUUUUGAACUUGUAGGUCAGUUAGAUGCUUUUAGUUUAAAACUUGUCCCAAGUUCUGAAGUGGAGAGGGCUUUACAACUGGCUCAGGUGGCAAUUGGUUUGGUCUCUUUAGAUGAGGAGAGCCAUGGCUCACUUCAAAAUUGUUCAAGAUGUUCCUAUGACAAGCCACUAUCAAUGAUGCUCACGUUAAGAUGUUCACACAAGUUUUGCUCCCUAUGUCUGAAGACGUAUGCGAAUGAGAAAGUAGAGGCUGGUCAGGUCCCAAUUAGAUGUCCUCAGAUUAGAUGUAAUUAUUUACUCUCAACCUCUGAAUGCAAAGUAUUUCUUCCGGUUGUUUCCUAUGAUGUUCUAGAAAAAGCAAUGGAAGAACACAACACCCGUAGUUCAGAAAAAAUUUAUUGCCCCUAUAAGAACUGCUUGGCCCUGCUUGAUCCUCGUGAAUGCUUACCUGCUGAGGCAAGCUUGUCUGAUGCGUCUGAUGCAUCUGAUGAUUGUUGCAUAGAGUGUCCAGUUUGUCAGAGAUUUAUCUGUGUAAAUUGUGGGGUUCCUUGGCAUAAUUCAUUGAGUUGUGGAGAGUAUCAGGAUCUUCCAUCGGACGAGAGAGGUUGCGCAGAUCUUGCUUUGCACUGUUUGGCACAGGAUAGGAGAUGGAGGCGUUGCCAACUAUGCCAGAGGAUGAUUGAGCUGGCGCAAGGUUGCUACCACAUGACUUGCUGGUGUGGCCAUGAAUUCUGUUAUUCCUGUGGAGUGGAGUAUAGGGAUGGGCAACAAACAUGUCAAUGUGCUCUCUGGGAUGAAGGCUGUUCCGAAGAUUCUACUGGCCCAACAACUUCUGAGGCUGACCAUUGGACAUGGAACUCGUUCGAGACAUUUCCCAUGAUCCUAGAUGCCUACUCCGAUCAAGAGCGUUCGCAGUUGGCUAUCAUUCAGAGAUUCCUUGCUGGUGGCUUCAGUCUGAGUGAUCAUCACUCGUGUCAGUUGCCUACACCUCCACCCUGUACAGAUUCUUACAUUGAUGCCAUGAAAGAUCUCCACCAGCUUCCUUGGUUGGAGAGAUUUGUAUCUGUGAUUAGUGAUAACUACUAUGAUGACUACAUUCAUUGAUACAGCUAUUAGGAUAUAUUGAGCAAUUCAGCAACAUUGGGGAAUUUUAUUAAUUUUAGAUUUCCCAAAUAUGCCAUGAUGGGGUAGCAAGUUUCUUGCACUCUCUCCAAUUAUUGAAUUGCAUAAUCAACUACUCUUCACUUUAAAUGUAGUUUUCAUUGAUAAUAUAUGUGAUUAUACCAGCAAAAGAACCCUGAUUAAUUCUA